GAGAAGAUGCUGGAUGUGUACUGGCUGCUGUGCGUUUGCAUUCGCACCAUCGAACAUGCCGACAACACGGGCUCCUUGUUCGCCUUCACUCCAGAAUUCUACCUCAACGUGGCCAUGAACGCUUACAGCGCCCUGAAGAACUACUUCAGCCCCGCCAACAACAUGGAGGAGCUACCAGGUUAUGAAGAAACACUAACUCAACUAGCUGCCAUCCUCGCCAAACAUUUUGCUGAUCCACGCAUCGUCGGAACAGAUAUUAAAGAUUCUCUGAUGCAGGCCCUCGCCAGCUACGUCUGCUACCCACAAUCCCUCAGGGCAGUGGAGAGGAUCCCAGAGGAGCAACGAGUCGCCAUGAUGAGGAACCUCCUGGCUCCAUAUGAACAGAGACCCUGGGCUCAGACCAACUGGAUCCUGGUCAGACUGUGGAGG